ACUUUAAUCUGCUUGCAGUCAAAAAUGUGACACCCAUCCAUUUAUAAUUUCCAGCGUAUACUCACAGAUUGACUAUAAAGCCUCCCUAUAGAACAAGAAUUAGACGAAGGAUUACCUGCAUUAAGGCUGACACUCCGAAUAGACUUGGGAGGAAAAAUGAGUAAGGAAGACUCAUUAGCAACUUGUUUGGCUAAAAUGUAUGAGAAUAAAUUUGAGCAAUCAAAAUCCAUAAACAAGUCUCCAGGAGGGGUCUACAAUAUGGACAAAAAGUUAAAUCUGCUAAAUGAGAAAAUGGACAAGCUUUUACAUUUUCAGGAAGAUGUUAUGGGAAAACUGGAAAAUGUGCAUCACAACAUGGACAUGUUGGAAAAAGGAAUGGACGUGCUGGUGGCAUUACGUGGGCCCAGUCAACAGAUUCUUCAUGAAAAUGUUGAGAUUAGUCAGAGUCCUGGACACAGUUCUUGCUCAGAAUUAAUAAGACUGCUAAAAUCGAUACAUGAGGAUUCUGUCAUCCAUAGGGAGAAGUUGGACAGUCUAGAAAGAAUGGUGUCCACGAUGGACAAGGUGGUGGCGUUUGUGGGGAGUACUCUAAGGAACUCUAAAAUUGUAGACUUUAUUCUAAAGGGUACGGUGCCAUGGAAAAAGGAGUCCAAAGAUGAGGCUAAAGACAAAUCUGAAGAGAAAGAAGUCAAUACAAAGCAGGAACUUAACAGAGGAGUGGGGCAGGCUGAGGCACAGAGAUUUACUAAAGAUAGCAAAAAAAGCAGCACACUUGAAGAUCUGAGCCAAAACUCUGCACAGAGUCCAACCAUCAAAUUCGACUCCAAAGUAUUGAACCAAGAAACAUCUAAAUAUUGUGAAAAUGCACAAGGCUCCAAAACAUGUGUGCAGAAGACAAAGAAGGAACAUUUUGGGGUGGAAGCUCAGCACAACCAGGCUUCUACCAAUCAAGUCACAGAGCAGAGCACUAGGCAGAAGGACUAUUAUUCAGGAACUAAGGAGGAAAAUCAUAGUUCUGCAUCCAUCAACAAGUCUGGUUCACUGUCAAAACUGAAACAACCUAGUAAAGAACAAGUUCUAAGGACAGAUACUUCUGGACAACUUAUAGAAAAAACAGAAAUAAUGACUCCAGGAAUAGACACGGUGAAACAAACGUCAGCCUUUCAUGGCAUUGAUAUUUCCCAGGAAGUUAUAGCGGAAGACAAACAACCCUCUCUAAGUGUAAAACUUGGAAAUGUUCAGCCAUCAUGUAACAAAAACACUAAGUGCAUGAAGAGGCAGGAGAGCUGUGAUAAGAAGUCUGUCGGACAGCAAAGGUCUAGUGACAUAGACCAUGCACAACUAACAGAAGACCAUGGAAAAGGAGCUGAAGAAUAUCAAAUAGGAGACAUAGCUGAACAGAAGUCAGAUGAUUCUGAGGAAUCUUUUUUACAUGUAAUUGAUGACUGUCCUCCCCCGCCUGCACCAUUCAACCAUCGCAUAGUGAGCAUUAAGCAAGCAAUCUUGUCGUCAUGUUAUUCUGUCAGCCAACAUGAGGUCUUAGGAGGCAGGGGACGCUUUGGCCAAGUUCACAGAUGUGUAGAAAAAGCAACUGGGCUUCAGCUAGCGGCGAAAAUAAUCAGAGUCAAAGGAGCAAAGGACAGGGAUGAAGUAAAAAAUGAAAUCAAUGUCAUGAACCAACUAAAUCAUGUGAACUUGAUACAGCUCUAUGAUGCGUUUGAAUGCAAGAACGACCUGACCCUGAUAAUGGAAUAUCUGGAUGGUGGAGAACUAUUUGACCGCAUUACAGAUGAAAACUACAGUCUGACAGAGCUGGAUGCAAUAAUGUUUACCAAGCAGAUCUGUGAAGGAAUGUACUAUUUACACCAGCAGUAUAUUCUGCAUCUAGACCUAAAGCCAGAAAAUAUUUUGUGUGUCAAUCAAACGGGUAACCAAAUUAAAAUUAUUGACUUUGGAUUAGCAAGAAGGUACAAACCCAGGGAGAAGUUGAAGGUGAAUUUUGGCACUCCAGAAUUUCUGGCCCCUGAAGUAGUGAAUUAUGAUUUUGUGUCUUUUCCAACGGACAUGUGGAGUGUGGGAGUCAUUACGUAUAUGCUGCUCAGUGGUUUGUCCCCCUUUCUGGGAGAAAGUGACGCAGAGACUAUGAAUUACAUUGUAAACUGCAACUGGGACUUUGACUCUGAGACAUUUGAGCAGGUGUCAGAGGAGGCCAAAGACUUUAUUUCCAAACUCCUGAUUAAAGAAAAGAGCUGUAGACUUAGUGCAGGACAGUGUCUUAAACAUGACUGGCUAGUCAACCUGCCAAUUAAAGCCAAGCUAUACAAAGUCCGCUUGAAGUCUCAGAUCCUUCUUCAGAAAUACAUGGCACAAAAGAAAUGGAAAAAACACUUCUACGUGGUUGCUGCAGCUAAUCGUCUCAAGAAGUUUCAGGCCCUUUCUCUGAAGCCUGCAUAGGGGUCAGUCCAUGCUAGGACAUUACUGUGGCACAACCAUGCUGAUAACUACCUGAGUGGAAAGCAGCACUGUUGUAUGAAAUGGACACUGUGGGACCUGCACUGUAUAGCCAGUGACUGAGAGCAGAGACUGAUAUCCACCCAGUACAGAACCUCUAUCUGUUUAUAGCUAUAGUUAUAUAGAAUGUAGAAACGUGCCUUCAGAGUGAAACUGUACAAAUCAGCACACCAUAAAAGAAAAAGCACUUUCACCCCCGCUUGUACUUUUUAGAACCUCAGACCGUGUCUAGUUAACAGAUAACUCUUAACCAAUAUACUGUGAAAACCCAUAACAAUGCACACAAAGUAUAUACAGUAGCUAUACAUACUUACCUCCAUUUAAGACAGCUGCAUAUCCGAAUGGGCAGUGAGGGCCAGAGACAGCAUAACAAUCAUGUUGUUGACAAGCCUAUUUUAGUAGAAGAAUUGGCCCUUCUGUUAAUGAAGGAGUUACAGUGAUAUUGUUGCCAAAUGAUGUUGCAGGGGUGCCACAGGAAUGCCAUGUGGGUUUUACAUUAGCGAGGCCUGUGCAAUGUAACUGACACUUCAUAGAAUUCUAUUAUUAUCCUUCUCACUGCAAAGCAAAGAUCCUUUAUAGUCACAAUCCAAAUGGAGAAGCAGCAGCAAGUAGUUUUUUUAGCCCAUAGCAAAAUGUACUGUAGGACUUUAGAAAUCGUUUAGAUUUUAGUAAAGAUUGAUAAUAAAGUAUCUGUUAUUGGUUAUAGA